AAAGGAGGGGGGUGGUGCUGUUGAUCCUUGACGUCAUGCUGAGGAAUGGAGGAGGGGGAGUGACUUGGUGCUUGUGGUGCAGCAGCAGGCAGAGACGGAGUGAGAGAUGACCAGAGGAGGAUGAGAGGAGCGCAGACAGACAGGCAGUCUGGCGGGCAUGUUUAUCACACAGGGACAAAUAAAACACGGACAUACAGAGACAGGGACCCGUGGGGAUUAAACAAGGAAUGACGGGAGACAAUGACUAAAUACACGUAACCAGUGUUCCCUCCAUGAUGUCUACCGGUGAAACCAUGGACUAAAGAGUAGAGCCAUUGUGUGUGAUGUCAGAAACAAGCAUGCCACAGAAAGGGCAUCUAACAACCCCACUGUGAUCAGAUAGAAAUGACAGUGUGAAGGCUGGCGUCGACUAAGGUGACCGCUGCGGCCUGGGCAGCCCAUCCACAUGAUCACAUGACUCUGGACAUGGACGCCGUCCUGUCGGACUUCGUCAGGUCCACGGGGGCGGAGCCUGGGCUGGCCAGAGACCUGCUGGAAGGUAAAAACUGGGACCUGAGCGCUGCUCUCAGUGACUAUGAGCAGCUAAGACAGGUACACACUGCCAACCUGCCCACUGUCUUCAAUGAGGGCCGUUACUACCGGCAACCUGACCAUGACACCCCCCAGCACCUCAGCAAGGUGGAGCGGCCCAGUGUCCAGAGACAGGAGGACAACAUGCAAGAGAAGCGCCUGUCUCGGGGCAUCUCCCAUGCCAGCUCUGCCAUCGUGUCGUUGGCACGGUUCCACGUGGCCAGUGAGUGUACCAGUGAGCAGUUCCCUCUGGAGAUGCCCAUCUAUACCUUCCAGCUGCCUGACCUCAGCGUCUACAGCGAAGACUUCAGGACCUUCAUAGAGAAGGACCUCAUCGAACAGUCCACCAUGGUGGCCCUGGAACAGGCCGGUCGUCUGAACUGGUGGGCCACUGUGUGUACCAGUUGUAAGCGUCUUCUUCCUCUGGCCACCACAGGGGACGGCAACUGUCUGCUACAUGCUGCUUCUUUAGGGAUGUGGGGCUUCCACGACAGAGACCUGGUCCUGAGGAAGUCCCUGUAUGCCAUGAUGAAGAGUGGAGCAGAGAGAGAGAGUCUGAAGAGGAGGUGGAGAUGGCAGCAGACACUACAGAACAAAGAGUCAGGGCUGGUGUACACAGAGGAGGAAUGGGAGAGAGAGUGGAAGGAGUUGCUGAAACUAGCCUCCAGUGAGCCUCGGACACACAGCAGCACGAACAACAACAAUACUGGAGGGCUGGAUAACUCAGAGGACCCUGUGUAUGAGAGUCUGGAGGAGUUCCAUGUGUUUGUCCUGGCUCACGUGCUGCGGAGACCCAUCAUAGUGGUGGCUGACACCAUGCUCCGAGACUCGGGGGGAGAGGCAUUUGCCCCCAUCCCGUUUGGAGGGCUGUACCUGCCCUUGGAGGUGCCUCCUAACCUGUGCCACUGCUCCCCCCUGGUCCUAGCCUAUGACCAGGCACACUUCUCUGCCCUGGUGUCCAUGGAGCAGAAGGACCAGCACCAGGAACAAGCUGUGAUCCCGCUGACUGACUCAGAACACAAGCUGCUAUCUCUCCACUUCGCUACGGACCCUGGGAAGGACUGGGAGUGGGACCGGGACGACAACCACAACACCAAGCUAGCAGAUUUAAUCCUGUCUCUGGAAGCCAAACUCAACAUGCUACACAACUACAUGAAUGUGACAUGGAUCAGGAUACCAUCUGAGACCAGGGCUCCCCUGGCCCAGCCGGAGUCCCCCACGGCGUCCCACGGGGGCGAUGACGUCCAGUCUCUAGCCGACUCCAUGGACUCCGACCGCGACUCCGUCUGCAGCAACUCCAACGUCAACAACGGCAAGGUCUCCACGAAGGAUCCCAAGGAGAAGACGGAGAGGCGACGGCAGCAGCGUAAAGACAAGGACAAGACCAGGACGGACUCUGUGGCCAACAAGCUGGGCAGCUUCAGCAAGACCCUGGGCAUCAAGCUGAAGAAGAACAUGGGAGGUCUGGGAGGGCUGGUCCACGGAAAGAUCAACCGCUCCAACUCUGGAGGCAACGGCCGGAACAACGGAGGAGGUGGGGGCAACGGAGGAGGGGGUGGCAACGGAGGAGGGACAGAGAAUAACGGAGAGAAGAAGAAAGAGAAAAAGGAAGGCAAAGCCCGGAAGGACGGAGCAGGAGGAGGAGGAGAGAAGGAGGGGCAGUCUGGCCAGUCUGCGAGUACGUCGUUCUCCUCGGACAAGACCACCAGCCCGUCUCCCACUGAGCGUCCCCCAGGCGUGCCCUCCUCUCCCGGGGAACGGGACAGGGAUAGGGGGGGUCUCCUGGCCAGGCUGGUGGGGGAUAAGGCCCUGUCGGAGCACUGGAAGUACAGCACAGACGUCAAGCUGAGCCUCAACAUACUGAGAGCCGCCAUGCAGGGCGAGAGGAAGUUCAUCUUUGCUGGCCUUCUCCUCACCUCCCACCGCCACCAGUUCCACGAGGAGAUGAUCUCCUUCUACCUGACCUCCGCUCAGGAGCGCUUCUCUGCCGAGCAGGAGACUAGGAGGAAGGAAGGAGAGAAGAAAGCUGCAGCUACGACCACGACUACUACGACCAACGGGCUGAAGAAACCAGAGCAGGAGAGCGCCCCUCACCGGGAGAGGGAGCGGGAGAGGGAAAGAGAGAGAGAAAGGGAGAGAGAGAGAGAGAGGGAGAGGGAGCGAGACGCCUGCACCCCUCCUCCUCCUCCUCCCUCCUGCCCUCCUCCUCCUACUCCCCUUCCCCAGGACUUCAUCUCUUCCCCAGCCAGACACCACCAAAGCCAUACCCCUCACAUCCCCCCUCAGAUUGCCCUGAAGAUGCAGGGCCGCCACAGCCCCUCGCCCCACUCCUCCCCUAGCAACGGUGCUACCAGGAGAACCGGGUCCGUCCCCCCUGUCCCAGGCCCCGUCCCAACUACAGUCCCAGUGUCGGCCCACUACAGCCAUACCCCUCCCAUCCAGAGGUCCAGUAUCAUCCACCUGAGAGACGUCAACCUCCAUACCCCCCAGGCCCCCAGCUUCCAGCCUGACGACCCCCAGCCCAGCUACCAGCCUCCUCUGGUGGGCACCCUGAAGACCUGUGCCACUUACCCCCAGCAGAACCGCUCCCUGUCCUCCCAGAGCUACUCUCCAGCCCGCUUGUCUGGGGUCCGUUUGGGCACCGGGGUCAACCACAUCCACCCGGGGGUCCCAGGCACCACGGAGCCCUACAACAUGCCUGGGGAGCACAAGUCCCACACCUAUACCAACGGCUUCAACGCUAGCGACAUACAGGACUGUCUGGAGUUUGCCGACGCCGACUCGCCUCAGACCUGGGGGAGCAGUAGCGUCACCAGGACGGGGUCAGGGUCCGACAAGGUCAAAGGUCAGAUCGGUGGCGCUGGGGGUUGCCUGGUGUACUGCCUGCAGCAGAGGAGGUGCAAGAGGGAGAACUGCUCCUUCUACGGGCGACCGGAGACAGAGAACUACUGCUCCUUCUGCUUCAAGGAGGAUCUGAAACGCAGGGAGAGGGAGGCCAAGGCACUCAGUAGGCCUGGAUAGCCCCCCUGGCGCCGCGGCAGCCAGUGGUGCUACUGCUGUAGCGUGGUGCUGCAAACCCUGCUGCUGACAACACAACACAACAGAAGACAACAGAACAGAACAGAACAGUGUCCACAGAGAAGGAGAUAGAACAGGUCUACUCUAUAGACUGUAUGUGGAUGUUGGGACGUAAUGUCAUACAAUAUAAAGACAGACAGAC